AUGCCGCCUUUAAUCCCCCCUAUGCGACGCUCACGUAACGGUUGCAUCGACUGCCGUCGAGCUAAAGUCAAAUGCGAUGAGAUCCGCCCGUCAUGCGGUACUUGCGCACGACGGCGCCAUGUAUGCCAGGGGUACAAACAGCAAACUACCCACUCGCGAUCAUCAACAGCGGCAUUGACUCCAGCGGCGGUUGGUAGUAAAAGCGAUAACAAGGCGACUAACGAAGUGCAAACGGUCUCAAGACAAGUGGUGAAACCCCCGGCGAGUGAGUCUUCGGUCAACAAGUUGAGCACCGUAGCGACCACAGGGCCAUCUGAAAGCCAGCCUCCAACACAUCUCAUAGGAAGCCCACGGGUUUUCUCGUUCAUUCCGCCGGGCACAGUGCCGCUCGCAGACGAGCCACAUAUUGAAGUGUAUUUCAACAGGCACCCUUUCGAACUGCUAAUUGGUCCCGAGUUUGUCAAUGAAAUGAACGCCAACGUCCUGUUGAUGCUGCAGCAAGACCCUGUAACUGUCGCCGAUGCCAUCUCGGCAGUUGGAUAUUCGUAUCUUGUUGGCGACUCCACAGGUUCGCUGUUGCCAGUGCUCAAUCGCAGAGCGAGAAUCUUGGCGAAUUUGAGAAGCAUGAAGCCUUCUAGGUUCUAUUUUGAAGAGGCCCUUUUCCUCCUUCUCGGACUUUGCGCAAUGGAGCUCGUUACUCUGGCGCAACCAGGGCACCAUGCCACUAUACCCACAGUCCUAUCAAAUGUGGCGUCUCUAAUCAGCCACCACAUCUCUACUGGAGGAGAGGUUUCUUCUGUAGCAAAGUAUUACCUACGAGCGUUGGCGAGGCAAGACCUUGUGGUUUCGCUUGUCCAGCUGCGUCGACCUAGAGUGCCCGCGUAUGUUUGGUUGGAAACCGAGAGCCCUAAACCCGACCGGCUGCUUGGGUAUACGAUUACCAUGAUGCCCCUCCUGGAGGAGCUCUGCAUAUUGGCUGAAGAAGUUCGGGACCAAAUUCUUCAGCCUGCUUGUAGCAACACACUCAUGGACGGGGGUGUGCAUGUUGAGGCUGCAGAUGACAGUUCGCCAUCAUCCAUCUGCGUUGGUGGCUGGAUCAACGAUGGUUACUCAGACUUGUCUCUCCGAGCCGAGUCCCUCCGCAUACGUCUGGAGUCGUGGCGACCAGUAAUAUCUGACAAUGUCUCCUUCCGCACCUCACGUAAAUUCCGCGCGCAAGCUGCAUGCUACCGAGCGGGGGCUCUCCUGUAUCUGCAUAGGCUGUUCCAUAUCCCGAACUCGUCUGUGGAGACCGAUAAAGAGGCCCUGAGCAAGGCGCACGACGUGAUGCUUUAUACAAGUGGACCACCCGCGGAGACCAAAAUGCUGCUCUGGCCUGUCUUCUUAGCGGCUUGCGAGAUGUCGGAUAUCGAAGAUAGAGCAGCUGUCCUGGAAGUAUUUGGUUCGAUGGGCGCACAACGGAAGACCGUGACGGUCGAACGGACGCAGAAGUUUGUCGAGCAGAGAGUGUGGAAAGCCAGAGAUGAAGGCCAAGAUUGGAACUGGAUGACUUUAGCACAAACUUAUCCAGAGGAGUGCCUACCAAUAUAA